AUGGGGAAUCUUACAAUCGGAUCGAAAACAGGAAGUACAGUUAAGUUGCUAUCUGGUCGCAGGUCGGUCUCUUAUGAGAAAACUGUGUCUUCCGCUACGUUAUUGCCAUCGACACUAACGGCAACAGUGUCAGCGCAACAGAAGGGCCGUUUUUACAACGUUAUACAGACAUACUUACCGAACAAUGGCGACACGACUAGUUGCAUUAGCAGUUAUUUCAAUAAAAAUAGCAGAUACCUAGAUGUACGGGAUGGAGACGUUGUGCUGUUGUUAGGUAAAUUAGGCAGGAAGUCUAUGUAUGUUAGACUUGUGAGCAGAGUUGGCGAGGGACUGGUACCUUCUCGAUGCUUGGAAGUGAACGAGACUCUGUCAAAGAUUGCUUCUAAUCCCCGGCCUAAAAGAAUCUCGGAUGGCAGUACACUAAAGCAUUCGAACGAGGGCGAUGAUCAUUCAGAUACGGUUUCUAGACCAAACCAAAGAGAGAUUGCUCAGUUCGAUGACGAGGAUUUGCUCUACGCCUGUCAUAUCACCGAGUGUAACGUUGCAGAAGACCGUGUGUGGUAUAGAGUGGAAUGUGAGAUGGCAUCUGGGCAUUUACGAGUCCUUUGUCGUUAUUACCAGGACUUUUAUAUGCUGCAUUUAGCUAUUAUAGAUGUGCUACGACGAAACUCACCUGAGGCUGAUGUCUCACUGUUACCCAAAGUUCCUGCUCCAACAGGUAGGAUAAGUGAAGGUACUUCACUCGAAAGGCUGGGGAAGUUGAACAACUAUCUGCAUAGUCUCUUUAGUUCACCGCAUAUAUCCGAAAAAGACAAGCACUCCACAAUCGUUGAGCAGUGCCUGUUUCCACGAGCGGGGGAUAUAGUAUAUAUUCCCAAGGUGGGAAGUUUCCUCCUUAAACAGGGCGUUGAUGGUAAAAAGUCUGAGGACGAGUACUGGGAAGCCGUAUCUGAUAGCGAAUCAACUCCGGGUUUCCCGAUUCCUCCACAUAUUGGUAAGGGGUUCUGGUCAGAACGUUAA